AUGACUAAACAUGAUGAAAAAGCCCUAUCACCAAAGAAAACUUCUCUUGAAACAGUCGAUCAAUCAUCCCUAACUGACGAAGCUUCUUUUGGCUCCUGUGAACCAGGUACCAACGUUGUUCUUCAAGGCAUCGUUUGGAAUGAAACUGAUAAAGGUGUACUUGUCGUCAAUAUCACUUGGCGAGGUAAAACUUAUGUUGGUGCCUUGUUAAAUACUACUGAGCAAAACUGGGCUCCACCACGAUAUAAAUCUGAUGUUCGUUCCACAAAACAAAAUCAUAAUCGUGAUCAGCAAUUAACGUCGAUACCAUCUACACAUGAUUCAAGUGAACGUAUUUUACGUAAUGGAAAACGGCGAGGAUCAAGUACAACAGUAACUCCAAGUUCAACAAGCAAAAAUCAAUCAUUCAAAAUUCCUCCAACGCCACCGUUAUUAACGAAAACGGAUGACGGCACACCCAAUGUUCUACCAUCAUCGGUGAAUGCCAAUGAUGAAGAUGACGCAAAUUCCUUAAACGAAGAAAAACAGACUAUAACGAAUAGUAAUCGCGGUGGUCAUGAUGAAGAGAUAGGUGAUAAUGAUUCAAAUCGAAGCCUUAGUCCAAUGACAAGCGGCGCAAGUACAACAUCAUCGAGCCCACCAUUAUCGACUACUACAGAAAAUCAAUUAUCCUCAGACACAACGACAACGAUUCCAGCAGAUCUGUCCACCAAAACGACGACCUUAAAUUUUGAACAAAAAGCGAACCACAAUCUAUUACCAUACCACUUUCCUUCGGAAAUAGUCGAUCCAUCGAGUUAUUUCUCUUCACGACAUGGUUCAACAAAUGCAUUCAAUUUACCAACAUUCAAUAAACUCUCUUCUCAAUCAUCCACGAUACCAUCGCCAUUUCUUUCGAUGCCAGCACAACUUUAUUUUAAUUCAUUAACAUUACCUCAUUAUCCAUCAGUGCCUUCUUUGUCAAAAACAUCGCACUAG